AUGACAGAGGGUACCAAGACCAUUCUUAUGUUCAAAGCCAAUCUUGGUAUCAAUCAGACAUUGUACAGAGUGUAUAAACGUAGUUACCCUGUGGUAUCUUCGGCAAACACAUUACCCAAAGCUGGUGGCGUGGUCACACUCGUGGGCAACUUUGGCAACAACAUCACUUCCAAGGACAUUGACAUUAAUGUCGCUCAUAACCCAUGCACCUCCAUCACAAUCAUAGGCGCGAACAACUUGACAUGUGUUGCAGGUGCAAGCACUCCUGGUCGAGCCAACCUCACAGUCACUGUCGGCCCAUACACCUUUGUCUCUGAUCAACUCGUCGUCUACACGGACGACACGACCUCACCUUGUGAUGGUGGAUGUGGCGCCGGCACCUGUCUAAGCACGGGCCAGUGUCAGUGCCCGAGCGGAAGUAGUGGUCCAAGAUGCAGCUACACCAAACCAGACAAUGGCACUGAAGGUGGCGGCGGCGUAGUCGUGCCAGGUGAGACGACCCCCUCCACCACGUUCACCUACAAGGGUGUCCAGUUUGGAUUCAUCAUACCAUCCAUCCAGGAGAUAGACAUGAUGGGCCAGGUGGUCAACGAGUAUCUGCUAGGUGGAUGGACUUUGAACAGCACAGAUGGAGAUACAGCACUUUCACUGGCUUACAUGACCCAGGUCAACACUGCCAAUGUCACCGCAACGAUCCAGCUGUUCAAGAAGGCAGCCACAGUCGAGUUUGCUGGGCUGGCCAAUCAAUACUCUGCCGACACGAUCAAGGCCAGUCUCACCAUCCUUGGAUUCCCCUUCAAGUCAUCGACCAAUACACUCAACGUUGUGAUCAAGACCACCAACACAAGAGACUCGGGCGACAUGUGCAGUCAGUCACAGGUCGAGGGACAGGGCACAUCGACACUCAGCUAUUUGGUGAUUGAGAGGAAUGGUGUGGCACUCUAUGGACGCUUCAUCAACCGAUCACUGUCGGAUGGACGACCGGCCUUCUCUGCAACCACCAUCAUCAAUCAAACCGAUAGCGAGCUAUACCUUGGCAUCACAUUGCCACAAUGUCACAACUGCAUCCUUGAUCCAGACUUCAGUGUGCUGGUCGAUCCAGUGCAGGAAAGAUCAUGUAGAUCAUCGGAUAACAAUCGCAGAUGGGUUGUGCCAGUUGCCGUUGUAGUUCCAAUCGUAGCACUAUCUCUAAUAAUCAUUGCCGUGGCCAUAUUCCUUCGAAGAUACUAUAUCAUUAGGAAUGGAAGUAAGAUACACUUUGUCACCAAGAAGAAGAAGUCAAACGAUGUCAACAUGGACAAGGACUAA